GUCAUAAAAGCGUUAUAACUGUGACAUCAAUCCUAGUGCGGCGAUAUUUUGUUUUUAGGUAUAUACCGUAAGCCGUUUCACUAUAAAUUGCGUGCUUAGAUAUUCUCAUCUGUUAGUUAUUGACAUCCGUCGUCGGUUAAAGGAACAGAAACAAUGCGUUCAUUAUUAGUACUUUGUUUGUUCGUCGCUGGGUCAUACUCGGUGAAACUUGAACAUGAUGGAGACAUCUACGACAUUCUUGACAUAAAGGAGAUCGUCGUAACUGACGAUCUAAGGAAGGAAGCGUAUGCGUGCCUUAUGGACCUGGGCCCUUGCAGCGAAAAAUACCAAAUUAUCAGAGAUGUUAUCCCUCGUAUAUUGAAGACAAAGUGUGGCGACUGUAAUGCUUCACAAAAGGCUAUUUACGAAUAUAACGCAGAGUAUUUGAAGAAGUACCAUAAUGAUUUGUACAAUAAGAUGUUGGAGAGGUACGCACAAUAACCUGGAUAAUGUAUAAUAAAGUCACUGACCGAUGAAUUUUGCUUGAAUUACAUUCUUGGACAUAAAAAUAAAAAUAUUGGGUUUAA